AUGGAACCUGCAAAUUACACCAGGGUGACAGAGUUUGUUCUCACUGGCCUGUCCCAGACUCGGGAGGUGCAACUGGUCCUAUUUGUUAUAUUUCUGUCCUUCUAUUUGUUCAUCCUUCCAGGGAAUGUCCUUAUCAUUUGCACCAUCAGGCUUGACCCCCAUCUGACCUCACCCAUGUAUUUCCUAUUGGCUAAUCUGGCCUUCCUUGAUAUUUGGUACUCUUCCAUCACAGCCCCUAAAAUGCUAGUGGACUUCUUUGUAGAGAGGAAGAUGAUUUCCUUUGGAGGAUGCAUUGCACAGCUCUUCUUUUUGCACUUUGUUGGGGCCUCAGAGAUGUUCCUGCUCACGGUGAUGGCAUUUGACCGCUAUGCUGCUAUCUGCCGCCCCCUCCACUAUGCUACCAUCAUGAAUCGACAUCUCUGCUGUAUUCUGGUGGCUCUUUCCUGGAUGGGUGGCUUUGUCCAUUCCAUAAUACAGGUGGCUCUCAUUGUUCGACUUCCUUUCUGCGGGCCCAAUGAGUUAGACAGUUACUUCUGUGAUGUCACACAGGUUGUUCGAAUUGCCUGUGCCAACACUUUCCCAGAAGAACUAGUGAUGAUCUUCAGCAGUGGUCUGAUCUCCGUGGUGUGCUUCAUUGCUCUGCUAAUGUCCUAUGGCUUCCUCCUCCUCCUGUCCAUGCUCAAGAAACACUCAGGCUCAGGUGAGAGUACCAACCGGGCCAUGUCUACCUGCUAUUCCCACAUCACCAUUGUAGUGUUAAUGUUUGGGCCAUCCAUCUACAUUUAUGCUCGCCCAUUUGAUUCUUUUUCCUUAGAUAAAGUGGUGUCUGUGUUCCACACGGUGAUAUUCCCCUUACUUAAUCCCAUCAUCUACACCUUGCGAAACAAGGAAGUAAAGACAGCCAUGAGGAAGCUGGUCAACAGAUACAUUUUAUGUAAAGAGAAGUGAAAGAUAAAUAGUAUAGUUUAUAACCCUCUUGAUUAUCGUUGUCCCAAAGUAGGAAACAUUUGCAGUAGUAAUAAUGCUGCUUUCACUACCUCCUUUCAUCAGAGAUCUUAAAAUAUCACUAUAUUAUUCUUAUAUUUGCUGAAAAAACAAAGACAUUAAA